UGAGCGCUUUACAUUGUUUAAGUCAAAGGUACUAGAAAUGGGGCCACUUGAGUUACAAUCGACGGCUUUGCGGUUCUUUUAUUCGCGCCCGGUUAACGUGGUUUUGCUGCUGAUUCUGGACGGAAUACUUUGGCUGCAGCGGCCAGAUAUAGUAGAUUUUCAGAAUCGAGUUCAGGACAUCCCACCGGAUUAUAUCUACGAUGUGUAUGACUUUGUGGUGGUUGGGGGCGGAAGUGCUGGAGCAACAAUGGCUGCUCGGCUUUCGGAAGUUUGCGAUUGGAGUGUUUUACUGCUGGAAGCCGGUCCUGAUGAAACUUUUUUGACCGAUAUUCCCUACCUUUAUCCUGCGUUGCAGAAAUCUAAGCUGGACUGGCAAUAUUUGACGGUGCCCAAUCCAGACUUCUGCCAGGGGAUGGAAAACAAUCAGUGUGCUUGGCCCCGGGGGAAAGUGUUGGGUGGAUCUUCGGUGUUGAAUGCUAUGAUGUAUAUUCGUGGCAAUCCGCAGGACUAUGAUGAGUGGGCUAGUUUGGGCAAUGUAGGGUGGGGUUGGAAUGACGUGCUGCCUUACUUCCGAAAGCUGGAGAAUGUAAGGGACCCAAAAAUAUCUACGAAACCUUGGCACGGUACUUCGGGACCACUGACGGUUGAACUUUUCAAACACCGUUCAGUUUUGCAAAGGUAUUUCUAUGACGCAGCUAGACAAAUGGGACAAGUAAUAGCAAAUGAAAUGAAUGGACCUUCGCAGACCGUUUUCGGACCAUUACAUGGAUCCAUUCGAGACGGACUUCGUUGCAGCACUGCCAAAGCCUAUUUGAGACCCGUAGCAAUGAGAAAGAAUUUGCACAUAUCUCUGAACUCUUUCGUAGAAAAGGUAUUGAUAGACCCCGACGAUAAAAGGGCAUAUGGAGUUUUGUUUUCCAAGAACAAUCGCAAACAUUACGUUAUGGCAAUGAAGGAAGUGAUCUUGUCAGCUGGUUCCCUAAACACACCUCAACUGAUGAUGCUCUCAGGUGUUGGACCUCGUAGCAUCCUACAACGUUUCGAUAUAGACGUUAUCCAUAAUCUUCCUGGAGUUGGAAAAAACUUGCAGGAUCAUGUGGCAACCGGAGGACUUACGUUCCUCAUAAACAAUCCCUUCAACAACGGAUCUCUAUCAACGACUGUACUGGAUUCCACCACGACUCAUGCCAUCAAACAGAUGGUUUUCAACAAAACUGGACCUCUUAUGGAUAUGCCCUCGUGUCAGGUGAUGGGAUUCAUCAACACCAAAUAUCAACCGGCAAACGGUAGUCGACCGGAUAUUCAAAUAUUUAUGUCCGCUCAAUCUGAACUGUCCGAUGGGGGAAUUUGGUCGGCACGAGGUUCUUCCCUGUCUAGCAGUUAUUAUGCUAAAAAUUUCAAAAAAUUCAGCUAUCGGGACUCGUUCCUGAUAAUGCCUCUUUUGAUGCGGCCGGAAAGUCGUGGAUAUAUCACCCUGAAAAGCGCCAACCCCUACGAUAAGGUUCUGAUCUUUCCGAACUACUUUGCGGUGAGACGGGAUAGUGACAUUUUGAUCGAGGGCCUAAAGUUUUGCCUGCAACUGGCCAACACCCCGGCUCUCCAAAGACUUAACGCCACCCUAAUUUACCAUACAACCCCCAACGGCACCUGUCGGCCAGACGAGGGAGAACGAUUCUACGAGUGUCUGAUUCGUCAAUUUUCCCAAACCAUCUAUCACCCGGUCGGUACGACAGCGAUGGGCCCGAAAGACGAUCGCCUAGCGGUAGUGGACGAACAGCUUCGGGUCUAUGGCAUUUCCGGUUUGCGGAUCGUCGACGCUGGCGUGAUGCCCACGAUCGUCACCGGAAAUACGAACGCACCGGUGAUUAUGAUUGCUGAGAAGGCGGCCGACAUGGUGAAGCAGACCCAUCUGGAGCGGGAACUUACCCGGGAAGAGUGCAGUUCGUACGAUUACGUUUAUCAUUGA